AUGUCUGCAAGUCUUAGCCUUGCGCUCGAAGAGCUGGGGUGUCCCUAUUGGGAGAGCGUGACCUUUGACGGCGGCGAAGCGGCAGCGGCAAGGCCAAGUCGCCUUCGUGCCCUGGCCUGGCUGGUCUCUGUCUGCGAUGCGCGUGCGCUUCCUCGUGAUCGGCUGGGCGCCGUGAGCCGCGACGAGUUACUCCUUCCGCUGAGGAUCCUGGGUCUCGGAGGCGUGCUGAAGGCGCGCGCGCGUGUGCUGGACCUGCCGGAAGCGGCGGCGGACCACGCGAGUCUAGUCGGCAUGCUGGUGGAAGAGCGGCUGCCCAAGUCGAUUGAUCUGUUCGGCUGGCAGUGGCUCGUCAAGCUGGCCAAGGUCGAGAUCGACAACGAGAUAGCUGCUGCAAAUGCUGUGGUUGCAGCCGACGACGCAGACGUGGUGGACGGCCGCGGAUGGGACGCUGCCUACGUCCGCACGCCUGGAUCCGAGGCCGCCGGGCUCCUCGCAAAUGAGCGAAAGCAGCUCGCAGCUCGCACCGACGACUUUGGCGCCGCACUGCUGCGGCAGAUUGCCGCCGACGCCCAGUCGAUCUUUGAUCCGGAGACUGGCCUGCAAGCCGUCAUGCGCGAGGCUGGCAUUGAGCCAGUGUCGCUUCCCCCACCAGCCCGUAAGCCGGGCCACGUCGUGCCGGUCGACCUUGAGCGAGUCGAAGCCCUUCGCGCUGCUGCUCAGUUGGAGACCGUCGCCGCCAACGAGGCGGCGAGUAAGGCGGCGGCGAGAGCUCACGCCGCGGCGGUUGCCGAGGCCAAGGCCAUCGCCGGUGCACAGGACCGCAACGAGAAUGAGGUGACUGCGGCGGUGCAGCCGCACGAGGCGCUUGCCGACGUCCUCACUCGGCUCUCGGCCAAGAUCGACGCUGUGGUUGCCAUCCGCGACUCUGCGUACAAGCCGUGGCUCACGCCGGGCGCCCUCACCCCGCCAACGCCGUCGCCACUCUCAUCGGCGGUCGUCGAACUUGGGCCGGCCUUCGACCGCCUCGGCCAAUACCUCAGCGACGUCCAUGCCAUCACCUCGUCUGCCCAUGCUCUCCCGGCCCGGCUUGACGCCGCGCUCGGCGAGCUCGAGACCGAUCCCCUCCUCGCCCCCGCCACCACCGCACCUCUUGUCGAGCGAACUCGCAUCCUCCGUCGCCCCCAUGCUUCAUAGUCUGGUCACUCAUUCAGCAGAGCACGUCCAGCUGUGCGUCCGUCAGGUACAGAUCAGAAGCGAAGUUGUGCAACAAAAUUCCCAAGCUGACCAAGUCCAAGUCCAAGAGCAAGGCAAGAGCAGCAACAGGAGCAGGAGCAGGAGCAAGAGCAGGAGUAAGAACAAAC